GCGACGGAAAUGCGUCACUCGCGGUGGCCGCGGGAAGGCGCCCGGCGCGCCUCCAGCAUGGCGGCACUGCGGGCGCUGCGGGCGGCGAGGCAGCGGCUGCCGGGGCUCGGCCCGGCGGGGCUCAGGGCGUUCUGGGGCGGCCGCAGCAGGAAGGAGGAGAAAGACGUGGAAGCAGACGGAGCAGCUCCUGAGAAGGAGGAGAGGAGUGAGCGCAGCCUGAUCUGCCCCCCGGCGCGCAGCCGGAGCUACCUCCCUCCCGAGAACCUGCGGACCUGCCUCGAGUCCCACGUCAGGGAGGUCUUUGGGCCGUGUGUCCCCGAGGACUGGCAGCAGACUCCCUUGAGGGAGACCAGGCUGAAGCAUCGCCUGCUGGCCCAGCUGGCCGCAGAGCUGGGCCACGCUGUGCCCAACUCGCGGCUGCACCAGCUGCGCCGCGCCGGGGACGUGCUGGGUUUCUAUCGCACCCCCGUGAAGGACGGGACCAAGUUCGAUGAACUCGCGGCCGCAGAGCUUCCCCCGAACCUGAAAAUCAUCUGGCAGCAGUGAGUCCCCGUGGAGCGUCCCCGUGCCUGGCUUGUGCUGCAGGGCAGCAGCAGAGCCCUCCCGCUGGGGUGAGGUCUGUGAAUUUCACUAAUAAAGGUUCACUGAAAUCUCUUCACCCCGUAAUGGUGAAGUCUCCAACAGCCCUAUAAAAUCAGCUGCCAUCGAGGCAUCUUGUUGAAUUCUCCAAUGUCUGUUAAGGGCCCCAUCUUUUAAGUUCUUUGGAUGUUAGUUUUUCUUACAAGUUGGCUGUGUGUUUAAUUGUUCUUCCUGUCUUUAACUGAUGAUGCAGGUCUGCUUUUAAUCAGGAGGCAAGCAGGGAAGUCAGGAGGACAAGAAAAUAAAUGCAACAGUGUGAGAAA